CACUUCAUUUUCUUCCCUUAUCAGAUCAGUUCACCCCAUUACAGACUGCGAUCUUUACGCUUCUCUGCCCUAAACCAACAAGAUUUUAAGCAUAUCCAAGUGAACAAAAACAGGUAUGUCAUCUUCGGAAAAUCCAGAGAUUGUUGAGAGGGUUUUUGGGAACAAGGAGAAGGAGGAGAAAGAAGAUAAGAAAGAUGAGCAAAAGGGUGGGUUUAUUGAAAAAGUUAAGGACUUUAUCCAAGAUAUUGGUGAGAAAAUCGAGGAAACAAUUGGUUUUGGAAAACCAACUGCAGAUGUAACUGAAAUUCAUAUUCCUCAUAUCAAUCUUAAAAAGGCUGAAAUAGUCAUUGAUGUGCUUGUGAAGAACCCAAACCCCGUCCCGAUUCCUCUCAUUGACAUAAACUAUUUAAUUGACAGUGAUGGAAGGGAACUGCUUUCUGGAUUAAUCCCUGAUGCUGGAACAAUCCAUGCACAUGGUUCAGAGACCGUCAAAAUACCACUUAAUCUGGUUUAUGAUGACAUCAAAAAUACAUACCACGAUAUACAGCCUGGAAGCAUCAUUCCGUAUAGGAUCAAGGUUGACCUUAUAGUUGAUGUGCCUGUUUUUGGUAGGUUAACUCUGCCUCUUGAGAAAACUGGCAAGAUUCCUAUACCUUACAAGCCAGAUAUUGAUCUUGAGAAAAUCCAUUUUGAGAAGUUCUCUUUCGAGGAAACUGUAGCAGUUCUUAAGUUGAAGCUGGAAAACAAGAACGAUUUUGAUCUUGCGCUCAAUAGCCUUGAUUAUGAUCUUUGGCUAUCAGACGUCAAUGUUGGCGGCGCAGAGCUUGAGAAAUCAGCUAAACUUGAAAAGAACGGAAUCAGCUAUAUUGAUAUCCCUAUAACCUUCAGGCCCAAGGACUUUGGCUCUGCUCUUUGGGACAUGAUCAGAGGGAGAGGUACCGGCUAUACCAUAAAAGGUAAUAUUAAUGUGGACACACCCUUUGGAGCAAUGAAGUUACCCAUUAGCAAGGAGGGGGGUACAACCCGUCUCAAGAAGAACAAAGAAGAUGGGGGAGACGAUGAUGAAGAUGAGGAUUGAAGUUGGAGAUCACCUUUGCAAAAGCCACACUUGUUUGAGGCUAGCUUUAUAGAGGAAAAGUCAUCUGCUGAUGGGAACUUUUAGUCCCCAAAAUAAAUAUGAACUUUAGCUUGGAUGUGAAAUAUGUCUACUUAAUAGUUUAUUUUCGAAUUAUGUCUCUGGAUGUGUAACUCGUUGCGAUGAGGUACUAAUUGUUUUAUGAGUUGUUUGCUAUCAUUGUUUUGGUUGAUAUAUAUUAUGCCCCUUGAUGUUCGGACAUCGCGAGUCACAAGCUAUUGACAUUCUAAUGUUUGUUGUUCU